AUGGAAGUCAAAUGUAGAUUUGAUUGUGUGAGCGAUGUCGAUGAUGUCUACCAGAAAGUCACUGUGAAGAUAGUUCCAAGGAUCGAUUUACGGGCACUUGCUGAUAAAUUGGGUGGAAGGGAAGUUGUCAAGAAGGCAUUGUCUCCUCUUUCCCCGAUGGAGCCUCAUGAUUCUUGUCUUAUACGUGUGGAGAGAAGGCGGCAUCCAAUGACUGGAGAAUUCUUUGACUACAUUGGUGGCAUGAUGUUCAAAGAUGGUUUUCUUUAUAAAUUGGUGUCCACGAGAUCAAUUCUUGCUCAUAUUAUAGAACCAACUCUUGAUGAGCUUGAAAAAUUUAAACAGAAUGGAGAAAAAGGCUUUUCUUCAUCGCCAGCUGAAAAUAUAAAGAAGCUGCACUUUGUCAAGGGAACUGUAGACAAAUUAGAAGGAGAGAAUGUACUCAUUAGAGCAGACAUGAAGGACUUGCCGGCAGAGAACUAUUUUGUUAAUGUAAAUGAACUUUGCAAGUGCUUUAAGCUUGGGGAUAGAGUAAAGGUUGUUUCUGGUGCUCAAAAAAAUUCAACUGGUAUGGUCACCAAAAUUGGAGGUCAUGUUCUUGGUAUUGUACAAGUGUUUGCAAAUGAUGCCGUGAAAAGCUCUGAAGUAGUUGUUAAAUCCUCCAAGAGGGAGAUACAUGGAAAGCCAAUGGUUUCAAUGACUACAAAAAAUGUACAUCGUCCAAAUAUAGUGUCCAAAAAAGGUGCUACCAUGAAGGCAGAUACUGAGGUGGAAGGAGCAGUAAUUCUCUUGCCGUUAAGCGCAAUGAAAUCAAAGAAGAUGUGGAUGUCACAAUCCCAUACUGGUACCAUAUAUCUCACAAUUUUUAUAUCACAAUUUUAUGCUAUUGCUAGAUCAUUUAAGCCUGUUCACACUGACUUUGUAUUCAACAGCUAUGGCACCAGAAAUAGCGAGGCAUCAAUGCCUUCUCGUACACCACUGCAUCCUACCAUGACACCUAUGCGAGAUAUAGGAGCAACACAAUUUGAUGGUGGAAUGAGGAUUCCUAUGCAUAACCAAGCUUGGAAUCCUUGUGUGCCAGUGACCCCUCAGAGCUCUGUUCCAAUAUUAAUGGAGAUGUUCAGAGAAGGAGGUUCCACAUCCCAACCCCCAAUGCUUGAAGGGGCAAACUAUCCUUACUGGAAGACAAAAAUGUGUGCAUUCUUGAGAGUUGUUGACGAACGGGUGUGGAUGGCUGUCGAAGAUGGAUGGAAGUGUCCAACCGUUGUUGAAGAUAAGGUUGUUAAGCCUAAACAAAUGAAUCUAUGGACUCCAGAGGAGAUGGAAAGGGCCAACUUUAACUCAAAGGCUAUGCACGCUCUCUUUAAUGCAGUUUCUACAAAUCAGCUGAAAGUUAUAGCUAACUCUGAAAUUGCCAAAGAAGCAUGGGAGAAACUAAGAAUAAAAAAUGAAGGAACUGAUGCUGUAAAGAAGUCAAGACUGAGAGCGUUGGCAAAAGCUUUUGAAAAUCUAUCUAUGGAGGAAGAAGAGAUUGUGGCGGAGUUCCAUGUCAAAUUGUGCGAUAUCUCGAAUGAAUCUUAUGCACUGGGCAAGACUUACUCAAACGCAAAACUGGUUCGCAAGGUUCUUGGAGUUCUGCCUCGAAAGUUCAUGUCAAAAGUUACCUCUGUAGAAGAAAUGAGAAAUGUAGAGGAACUUGAUCUUGAUGAGUUAAUUGGGUCAUUGCAGAAAUAUGAAAUGACUCUUACACGGUGGAAGAAAGGCAAGAAGCAGAAAGAUUCCGAAAAAGAAAAAACUGAUAACAGUCUUGCGUUUGUGCAUAAGGAGGAAAAGAAGUCAAUCUCAGAUAUGUCUGACGGCUUCACUGAUGAGACUCUUGCUUUACUGACCAAGAAUUAUGCAAAAUUCUUGAAAAGGAAUUACAAGAAAUACUUUCCUGGAGGAAAAGAGAAUGUUUCCAGGAGAAACUUUGGUGGAAACAAUAAGCUAACCCAGCAGUCUGGUGACAAGAAAAAUAGGGGAAUACAGUGCCGAGAGUGUGAUGGUUUCGGACAUAUUCAAGCUGAGUGUGUCAACACUCUUAAGAAGAAGAAAGCCUUAGCAGCAACCUGGAGUGAUAAUGAUGAAGAAAAGAGCUCCAGCUCAAGUGACGGGUCUGAUGAAGAGAAACAAGUUGUGGCAUUUAUGGCAAAGAGUCAUCAAUCAAUGUGCUCAGAGGAAGAUGGAAAAUCGAGCUUGUCUGAUGUGGACAAUGAACAAAAACUUGAAUCUGAGAAGGCUGGGUUGCAGAACACUGUUAAAAAGCUCACAAAACAGCUUGAUGAGAAGGACAAUGAGAUUUACAAACUGACUGCAGAUUUAAUAAGAGCUAAACAGGCUCUUGAGUUUAUCCCUCCAGGAACUGCAGCAAUUAACCAAACUUUGCAACUUCAAAAACCAUAUGGAGAUAGAACAUCCAUUGGUUACAAAAUGUUGUAUAAGAAAGGGGGAAAUUUGGGAAUUUAUGAUCCCUCUUCAUCCAAGAGCAAUGAAGACAAGACUCCUGAUGACUCAUUGCACAAUACUCUCAGCCUUGGUUUCCCAGAUCCCUCUAAACAGGUCAGUGUCUCAUCUGGACCUACCAAAUUGAGAUUUGAAGGAAGGAAGACUGUCCUGGUUGGACAGGUUCAAAAGGAGAGGUUUGUUCACAUUUGUCACUUUUGCAACAGAAGAGGACAUAUUAGACCCAGAUGCUACAAGUUGCAGACGUAUUUGAAAGCUAUGAUUGAUUGUCCAAAUAGCUUUCAACAACCAAAUCGAUUUAAUGGGAAGUUGUCAUAUAGUGAGUGGAAACCAAAAACUAAUCUUGGCACAAAUGUUGGAUUAGUUGCUCACACAUCUCUUUCAGCUUUCCAUGAAGAUCAAUGGUACUUUGACAGUGGAUGUUCACGACAUAUGACUGGCAACAGAAAUGUGUUGGUUAACUAUAAAGAAGGAAAGAAGGGAGCUGUGACCUUUGGAGAUGGGAACAAGGGUCAGAUCUUUGGAAAAGGUGACCUGGUGCUAAAUGGAGUAGCUCCAUUAACUAAGGUGUUGUACGUUAAAGGUCUCAAGGCAAACCUGAUUAGCAUCAGCCAACUUUGUGACAAUGAAUACACUGUAAUAGAACCAGCGACAACUGCUAUGCUCUUAGCAAUCAAGUUCUAUGCAAUAGAUCCUUUCUUGAUGAGCCAGACCUGUGGCACUAUAGACUGGGACUAUAGACUGGGGCACUUGAAUUUUAGAGACCUAAAGAGAAUUGUGAAACUUCAAGUAGUUCGAGAAAUACCUGAGAUGAAAGUCACUAGAGAUAGGUUAUGUGGUCCUUGCCAACUAGGAAAACAGACAAAAGCCUCACAUCCUCCUGUAAACAUGCUACUCACCUCCUGUGUGCUAGAGUUGAUGCAUGUGGAUUUAAUGGGACCCAUGCAGAAUGAAAGUCUAAGUGAUUUCCUCAAAGAAAAGUCAGACACCUUUGGACUCUUCUCAGCCUUGGUUCUCAGGCUCCAAAAUGAAAAAGAAUCUAAGAUUAGGAAAGUAUAUCGGAUACGAAGUGAUCAUGGAAAGGAGUUUGAGAACACUGUGUUCUCAGAUUUUUGCGAUCAGUUGGGGAUAAAGCAUGAGUUCUCAGCUCCAAAAACACCUCAACAGAAUGGGGUUGUUGAAAGGAAGAACAGGACCCUACAGGAAAUGGCUCGACCUGCUAUAUCUGCAACUGUGAUCAUCUUCGAACUAGCACGACACAGACGGCCUAUGAACUUUGGAAAGGAAGACCCCCUAACAUCCGUCAUAUGCACAUUUUUGGAUGUAUUUUUGUAUGUCCUCAAUGAUCGAGAACACUUAGGAAAAUUUGAUCCAAGGAGUGAUGAAGGUGUGUUUCUUGGAUAUUCACUUAACAAUCGUGCCUAUCGUGUGUUCAACAAAAGAACUCGUUCAGUGGUUGAGUCCAUCAAUAUUCGAUUUGAUGACUUGGAAAAUUCUGAAGAACCGGUGGCAGAUGAUGAAGCUCCAGUAUUAACUACGCCAGCUGCAUCCGAGGAACAAGAAGCAGGUCCUAGUAGCUCCAAUGGUGAUGAAGAAGUCACCAGUGCUCUGCCAAAGGAGACUCAACAUGCAAAGCUUUAUAAGAAUGGACCGCCUUCUUGGAUUCAAAAGGCUCAUCCACCUGAUAUCGUUAUUGGAAAUCCAAAUGCCACCAUGGUCACCAGAAGAAAAAUACAAAAUCUGAUUUCUUUUGCCUUUUACUUAUCUCAUCUUGAGCCAAAAAGUGUCAAAGAUGCUCUUCUAGAUGAAUUCUGGCUUGCUACUAUGCAAGACGAGAUGUUCCAAUUCAAAAGAAAUGAUGUAUGGAUCUUAGUACCUUUACCUGACGGAGCUAAUGUUGUUGGAACUAAAUGGAUUUUCAAGAAUAAAUCGGAUGAGUUUGGAACUGUAAUAAGGAAUAAGGCAAGGUUAGUAGCACAGGGCUACAAUCAGGUGGAAGGAGUUGACUUUGUAGAAACCUUUUGCUCCAGUUGCAAGGUUGGAAUCUAUCCGGUUACUUCUUGCAGUAGCAUGCCAUCUAAGAAUAAAAUUGCAUCAAAUGGAUGUAAAAAUUGCAUUUUUGAAUGGUAUCUAAUUGAUGAAAUAUUUGUUGCACAAAUAUAUGUGGAUGACAUAAUUUUUGGGUCAAUUUCUGAGAGUGAGGUCACUAGAUUUGUGGAACUUAUGCAAAGUGAGUUUCAGAUGAGUCUAAUAGGAGAUCUAUCAUAUUUUCUAGGACUUCAGAUUAAGCAAUCUGAACAGGGAAUGUUUAUUUCUCAGUCCAAGUAUACUAAGUCCAUGUUAGAAAAAUUUGGUUUCACUCAAGUCAAACAUGCUCACACUUCUAUAGGCACCACCUGUAAACUGAAUAAAGAUGAAUCUGGUGACCCCGUAGAUCCAACCCUAUACCGUAGCAUGAUAAGAAGCUUGUUGUAUCUCACAGCUAGUCGUCUUGACAUUUCCUUUAGUGUUGGAAUAUGUGCCCAUUAUCAAGCCAAUCCUAAACAGUCUCAUCUUACUGCUGUCAAAUGUAUUUUCAAAUAUCUUGCAGGGACUGUGGAAUUUGGCUUAUGGUAUUCAUGUGAUACAAAUAUGUCCUUGGUGGGGUAUGGUGAUUUUGAUUGGGCAGAAUCUCUAGAUGAUAGGAAAAGUACUUCUAGGGGUUGUUUCUAUAUAGGGAAAAUUUUGGUCUCUUGGUUUAGCAAGAAACAACAUUCUAUUUCACUCUCCACUGCUGAGGCAGAGUACAUUGUGGCUGGUAGCUGCUAUACUCAGCUCGUCUGGCUCAAUAAGAUGUUCACUGAUUAUGGCUAUCCCCAAAAGUCAUUGACCCUCUUCUGUGAUAGCACAAGAGCCAUUAACAUUUCAAAAACCCCCAGUUCAACAUUCAAGGACCAAACACAUUGA